AUGGAAUCUUUGAAUGAUCUUUUACGGCAACAGAACUUGUUAAACAGAGGCGAUGUAUGGAUCUGGAAGAAUAAUGAACACCAAGAGUUCAGCGUCAAGAACGUUAAUUCUUCAUUAAGUCAAAAUGUUGAUUUAAAUUCAGCGCCAUGCACCUUUAUUUGGAAUAACUGGGUAACAACAAAGAGCAUAAUGUUCGUAUGGAGAGCAAUCGAAGAGAAAAUUCUGUCUGCAGUCGCUUUAAGAAGUAGAGGUAUGAACCAGAUUCAGGUUAUUUGCAAAACAUGUGGUGCAGCUGAAGAGACGGCGGAUCACAUUCUUCUUGGCUGCAACUUUGCGAGAAGAAUCUGGGAACCUAUAACAUUUUGGUUAAAAAUUCCGAUGGUGAAUACUGAAGGAAGCAUUGCAGAACUGUUGCAAGAAAUAAGUGAUAUUCCGAGGAGCUGA